UCGUUUUGAAUAGUUGUGAUCACUCUCUACACGCUACAUUUGGCAUUCUAUAUAAAUCGCAUCACCAACGCCACUCCUCUACAUCGGAAUUGUGGGCUAAUCCUUUUUAAAUUAUUGAAUUUGGUGUAAAUGUGCUUGACUUUUGCGUUGAUGAAGCUUCGUGUGAGUUUCCACUGAAUUCAAUCGCGGUUUGCACUUCUAUUUAAACCAACUCAAGGCUGACGGUUUGAGCUGCUACCUGCCUCGAACAAUUUUCAUUCUCUAUCGCCCAGUAUACUGUAGUUGGUGAGCUGACCAGUUAGAAUCGAAUCCUAGCCUUUUGAUGGUUCAGAAACGGCAGCACAGGCAGGGCGACGAGGAAGGUUCUCGACUUCCGAAUAAACGCCAUCAUUUCACAUCCGCUUUGUUGAAAGGGCUGAAUCAUGGCCGGACUGCUCAAGAACAUGUGUCCUGCUUGGAGCCUAUUAUCAGAAAAAUGGUUCAAGAAGCAGUGGAUCAAGCACUCAACCGGUUUAUGAGUAUUUCCUAUAGGCCCUCAUACAAUCAAGUAGAAUGCCCGGUCGUAACAAGGAGUUUGCAGCUCCAAUUUCAUAGCAACUUGCCUGAAACCCUUUUUACAGGCAACAGGCUUCUGUCUGUGGAUAGAAGUCCCAUCAAAGUUGUCCUGUGUGAUUCUGCUUCAAGGCAGAUAAUUUCGUGGAGCCCCCUCUCAUCUGCAAAAGUCAAAAUCAUCGUUCUUGAUGGUGACUUCACGCCUGAUGACCGAGAGGAUUGGAUGAAGCAGGAGUUUGACAGCAAACAAGUUAAAAACCGAGAAGGGAAAAGGCCAUUGGUGGCUGGGGAGGCGACAGUUACUCUCAAUGAUGGUGUCGGGUAUAUUGGCGAGUUGAGCUUUACGGAUAACUCAAAAUGGAGUAGAACCGGGAAAUUCCGGUUGGGGGCAAAAGUGCUGACAACCUGUGAUGAUACAAGCAUCAGAGAAGCGGUGAGCAACGCCUUCAGAGUUAAAGAUCAUCGUGGAGAGUCUUACCAGAAGCUUUACCCCCCGGCUUUGUGCGAUGAAGUAUGGCGUCUCGAGAAAAUUGCUAAGGAUGGUAAGUCACAUAGGAAGCUGGAGGAAUCUCAGAUAUUAACUGUCCGAGAUUUUUUGAAGCAUUGUGCCAGAGACCAGUCCAGAGUACGCUCGAUACUUAAGGUCUCGAACAAGACAUGGGAAACGAUCAUGAGGCAUGCCAACACGUGUAACCUAGGUGAAGAGAGGAGAACGUACAGGACUGCACAGGGGGUGCUGUUUUUCGACUCCAUAGAUAGAUUUGUUGGCGUGAUUCUUGAUGGAGAUAACUACCGUCCUGUCAAUACUCUCAAUGCUUUCCAAAUGAGGCUGGUGGAAGAUCUCAAACAGCAAGCAUAUAACAAUUUAGACAAGUGGAUCCCAGAGUCUGUUGCUGGCUUCCCGAUGCUUCUGGGAAACACAGCACCUGAGAGUUUUACAAAUCCUAACUUGGAUCUCCAUGGAAUUGAUAUGAGUGGUGGAAUGUAUGAGUUCGGGGAGAGUUCACAGUGUGCACAAGGGUUCAAUGCGACAUUCAGAAACAGCUUUGCCAUGAGUGAUCCUCUAACUCAUGGGUUCUGCAUUGAGGGGAAUGAGAGGUGGGGCUCGGAAGGUGAUUUCGUGGGGAUGGGCCUGCCAACUGAUGACCUGCCAGUGUUUCAAGUGGAGUCGUCACCAUGGCAGGGGAAUGGGCAGUAUUUUGAUCCCAUGAAUCAUGGGAUUGGGGUGAUAUCCUCGGACUCCAGCCUCCUCAUCCCCAGGAGUGGGAGUGGGAGCCCAAAAACGCGGUGGUGCAAGGUGCUGGCAGUGGUGAAGUGGCGGAUACUGGUGAGGCGCAAUGUGGCGGCGAGGAAGUGCAAGAUGUUCUACAGCUAUAUGUAAUGUAGGUGAGAUUUAGUAAAGCGAGCGCAAGAGCUUAGCUUAUAAGUAUGUAUAGGCAUAGUUGGUGUUGUAAGUUAUAAGGUUAGAGUAAGUUAAGGUGAUAAUUAUGUGCAGCGCCCGGUGAAGAUUCAGCUGCUCAAGAUUGAUAGCAGCUGCCCUUUGUAAAGCUUCCUGGGAGCUGCCUGCGUUCUUUUAUUUCUUUUUUCUUUUAUUUCUUAUGUCGUGCCGUCAUCUUCUCUUCUUUCAUUUCUCCUCAUUUUCCAGAUUGUUUGUAUAUAGUGCAAGUGAAUGAAAUGUUCGUUUCAUCUGAAA